CCCCACUCUGAAACUUUUACCCCAUCCCAACCUUUUCUGCAAGAGACCUGUCUUCACUCCCAGCUGUACCCCUUCCCGCCCUCCAUUCCAGCACUCAACAAGGUUCAUAACUCAUUAUUCUAUUCCCUAUAAACUCAAAGCUUCCCGGGGGGCAGUAUUGUCUGUGUCUUGCUCCCUGUAUUCCCAGCGCGUGACACAGUGCUUGGCAUGUCAUAGGCACCCAAUAAAUAUUCGUUGCAAGAAAUGAAUGAAUGAAUGGCAGUGAAGGGGGCCUUGCUUAGGGGGAUUAAGCAGUCUCUGUCAGGUGCAAUUUCCCUUUUGCAGGAGCAGUUGCUUCAUGUAGCCAGCAAACAUUUGGCGCCUCCCCAGUGCCAAGCCCUGGAGGCCAAGGCUGAGGAACUGUCCCCUCCCCCUGGGGGAAGGCUUGGUAGGGGUGGGGAUGUGCCAGGGCCUUCUGCUUGCCCCCUCUGAGCUGCUGUGGCAGUUCUUCUAGCUGAUACCCGUGGGGUCUGAGGUGCUUAAAGGUGUCCUCCCCUUCUCCCAGGAAGUAGUUCCUGGGGGCCUGGGGUCAUGUGACCCCAGGUAUUGGGGAGAGCUGGGUCUGGCCUGGCCAAGGCCUGGGGCUCUGAGGUUAAAAGACACAUUCUUCAGAUUCCUGACAGAGGGUGGAGGCAGCUGAAGGUGCCCCUUUUCCAAUACCAGCUCUGACCUGGGACUGGGGCAUUGGGACUGCUGAGGUUGACGAGGAGUUGGUGUGACCUUUCAGAGGCCUGGGGAUUCCCUUGCCUUAACACAGCCUUUGUUUGGUUGGUAUCCAGGGUGAGGUGGCCUUCCCUCGGUUCACACAGUGUGGCCUGAGUGUGUAGAUAAUUGCAGCAAGGAGUGGGGAGGCACCCCCCCCGCCUCGUCCUGGACUGUCAGCUCCUCUGAGUGGUGACAGGCAGGGAGGGCCUGAUUCUCAGGGCCCAGGCAGAUCCCGGAAGAAGCCUGGUUCUCUUUGAUUCAGGGCCUGUCUCCGGGGCUCCUUGGGGGUGUGGUAUUUCUUUCUGGGCCCGCUCCUGGGAAUUGCUUUUCCUUCCUCCAGGACCCUCGGAGGGGGCUGUGCUCACCCUGGGAACAGUGCCACGGUCGGUAGGGAUCUUGAUUCCUGGGUAGCUGUGGAGGGCCCCUCCCCCACCCUCUGACUCACUGUCUGACACUUUUCUUGGACUCUUCCACUAUCUUUCAUUCCUUUUCUGACUUGGCCUCUCCUUGUCUCUGGCUGAGUCUUUUGGUCUCAUCUGCCUCUGCCUCUCUCAGCCUCUGGAUUCCCAAGUGGGGCAGCCGAGCACAACAUCCAGGGGCUCCUCCUCGCCACCCCGGGUCAGGGAGGACAUGAUUCCCCAUUUCCAGGUCUGCAGAUGUCUCUCGGCACUCCUCACUAGGAGGUGCACCACGGCCAUGGCUCCCCUGUGUCCCCGUCUGCCACCCUGGAGUUUACAACCCUCUCCCCUUAAACUCCCAUUCUGUAGACAUCCCUGAGACAGAGCCAGGGUGUCUGGCUUGAACAGGCUUCCCUAACACUCCUUCCACUUGUUUACUAUUGGGGAACCUCCUGAGAUGCCUGUGUUGGCACUUGCUGGCAGCCGGAGCUUCCUUUUCCUGCCCUCGGAGCUACCCCCUCCUGGGUGCUGUUCUUGCUCAAACCCUCAGGCACAGGCUGGGGGAUGGGCAGGUCCGCCCUUAUCCCUGCCCCAUUGAGCUGUGACCCCAACUGUGACCCGAGCAGGAGGAGGGGACACUGACCAGUGGCCCCCAGAAACCUCAUGUGCCUAAAUCGUCCCUCUGUGUAUACCUGACCUGCAGCGCCAGCCUGCCUCCCUCCGAUGGUCCUCAGGAGCCUUCUCUGUGCCAGACUCUAUUCCAGGCACAGGCACAGUGCCGACCAGCAGAGAGGCCUUCAGCCCGGCACAAGGGAGAUGAGCAGUGAGGUGGUCACGGGAAGGAGCCCCGAGGGCUGUGAUGGGGGAAUCCCGUGGCUCAUGGAGGCCCAGAGCAGCAUGUAGUGGGGAGGAGGAACGGUGUCAGGGAGGCCCUCUGGGAGAUGACUUCUUACGGGGAGUGAGGCUGGGUUCCAACUUGUGCGAAGGCCAGGAGUGAGAAGGUCAUGCCUGUUGGGGCAACUGCACGUUCAGCUGGAGUAUAAAGUGAGGAGGGUAGGAAGAGUCUUGCAUGAUGAGUCUGGGGGCUAGGCAUGCUUCAGCCUCUUCGAACUGUGGACUUGAUCCUAAGGGAUGCCCCUUAGGGAAUGGUUCUCUGCAUGGAGAUGGUGGGCAGACACUUGGUUUAAUAAGAUCAUUCUAGCUCCAGGGUAAAGAGUGACUGCGAGGAGAGAGCGGGAGCCGUGGACAGUGUCAGUGGGACAGAGAUGUAAGGGUAACAGACUUUCAGAAUAGAAGGUGACGUGUGUAAAAUGCACAAAGCAGAUGAAUCUUAAGUGUGCAGUGAGAUGUUUUAGACACCCAUGGAACCGCCACCCAGACAACACAGAACAUUUCCAGACACUACUACCCCCACCCGCCCCUGGGAAAAUUCCCUCAUGGCUGUCUCCAGUACAUGCCCUUUUCCACCCCCUGGAUAAUCACGAUUCUGACUUGUAUCAUCACUGAUUGGGUUUGCCUUUUCUUCAACUUCAUUCACAUGUAAUCUUGUGUCUGGCUUCUGUCACUCACCAUGCUAUCAGUGAGAACCAUCUGUGUGGUGUGUAUCCAGGAGCUCGUUCCCCCCCCCUCCGCCCCAGUGUAGAAUGACACAUUCAGCAAGCAUUUACCACUGUUCUAAGAACCUGACAUGGAUUGAUUCACGUAAACCUCCCAACCCUAUUCGGUUGUAAGACAAAUUGAAAACCCAGAGAAGUUAAGGAACUUGCCCAACAUCACCCAGCCAACUGAUAGCCACGCCAGGGUUCAGAUGUGAGCAGUGUGGUUCUGGAACCAAGGUUCUCUUCACACUGCUGGGCAGCCUCUGUGAUACCUGCCGUGUCGGUGCCUGGCCUUGUGUGGAUCGAAUGAGCUAAUGUGUACUUCCAGGACUGGGUGACUGGAUGUGGAUGGAGGGCGGCAGGAAGGAGUUGAGGAUGACUGCAGGUUUCUGGCUUGAGUAACUGGGUGGGUGGCAGUGCUGUUACUAAGAUAGGGAACACAGGAAGAGGAACAGAUGGCAUGGGGAGGUGGGGAACAGAGACAAGGGGUUCGAUAUGGGGCCUGCAGAAUUUUAUGUUUCUAAGGGAUGGCCAGGCAGAGACCAAGUGAGCAUUUGGUUUGAGGGAGUCUUCGGCUUAGGUGUGUGACUAGGAAGGCAUUCAGCACCCUAUAGGUAGCAUCUGGAGCUGGGGAAGAGAUGGGAUCUCACAGUGGGAUUGUGGCAGGCUGUGCCCGGGCCCCAGAGCACCCUCGCCACCAUGACGGGGCUGCUGAAGCGGAAGUUUGGCCAGCUGGAGGAGGACUCGUCCUCGCUCUGCUCGUCCUCCUCCUUGUCCUCCUCGGGCCACCGCUCUCCCUCCUGCUCCCCCAGCUCCUCGGUCUCCCCGGCCUGGGACUCGGAUGAGGAGAGCCCCUGGGAUCAGCUGCCUUUGCCUGACCGUGACUUCUGUGGCCCCCGAAGUUUCACUCCUCUGUCCAUUCUGAAGCGGGCUCCCCGGAAGCGCCGAGGUCGAGUGGCCUUCGAUGGCAUCACUGUCUUCUACUUCCCGCGGUGCCAGGGCUUCACCAGCGUGCCCAGCCGUGGCGGCUGCACCCUGGGUAUGGCCUCCCGCCACAGUGCCUGCCGCCGCUUCUCCCUGGCCGAGUUUACCCAGGAGCAAGCCCGGGCACGGCAAGAGAAGCUGCGCCUACGCUUGAAGGAGGAGAAGCUGGAGGCACUGAGAUGGAAGCUUUCGGAGACUGGGGUGCCCAAGAUGGAGGCCGGCCUGCCGCUUACCGUGGAUGCCAUCGAUGAUGCCUCUGUGGAGGAGGACUUGGCAGUGGCCAUGGCAGGCGGCCGGUUGGAGGAAAUGACUUUCCUCCAGCCCUUCCCAGCCCGGAAACGACGGGCUCUGCUGCGGGCCUCAGGUGUGCGGAGGAUCGAUCGCGAGGAGAAGCGAGAGCUGCAGGCCCUGCGCCAGUCCCGGGAGGACUGCGGCUGUCACUGUGACAGGGUCUGUGAUCCUGAGACCUGCAGCUGCAGCCUGGCGGGCAUCAAGUGCCAGAUGGAUCACACAGCGUUCCCCUGUGGUUGCUGCAGGGAGGGUUGUGAGAAUCCGAAGGGCCGUGUGGAAUUUAAUCAGGCUCGAGUUCAGACCCAUUUCAUUCACACGCUCACCCGCCUGCAGCUGGAGCAGGGGGCCGAGAGCCUUGGGGAGCUGGAGGCCCCCGCCCAGGGUGGCGCUCCCAGCCCCGGCGAGCAGGUCCUGGCCUCUGCGUUCCCCCUAGCUAAGCCCCCCAUGAGCAGCGAACUGGGAGACAACAGCUGCAGCAGCGACAUGACUGAUUCGUCCACAGCCUCAGGCACCAGCGAGGCCCCGGAUGGCCCUGCCCAUCUGACCCUGCCCAGCCCUGGCUUCCAGCCUGGCAUGGAUGAUGAUGGCCUGGCUCGUAUCCUGAGCUUCAGUGACUCUGAACUAGGUGGACAGGAGGAAGAGGAGGAGGAUGGGGGUGUGGGCGGACUGGACAAUCUCAGCUGCUUCCACCCAGCUGACAUCUUUGGUACUGGUGACCUCACUGGCCUGGCCAGCUGGACCCACAGCUAUUCCAGUUCCAGCCUCACGUCAGGCAUCCUGGAUGAAAACGCCAACCUGGAUGCCAGCUGCUUCCUCAAUAGCAGCCUUGAAGGCUUGGGCGAGGGCAGCCUCCCUGGUCCCUUGGUGCCAGCCAGCACGGACGCCGGCCAGAGCAGCUCAGCGGACCUCAGCUUGUCCUCCUGCGACUCCUUCGAGCUGCUCCAGGCCCUGCCAGACUACAGUCUGGGGCCCCACUACACCUCCCGGAAGGUGUCUGACAGCCUGGACCACCUCGAGGCGCCCCACUUCACCUUGCCUGCCUUCUCUCCCCCUGCGGACGCCAGCGCUUGCUUCCUGGAGUCCAUCAUGGGCUUGACUGAGCCCGCUGCCGAGGCCCUGGCUCCUUUUGUGGAUGGCCAGUUGUUUGAGGAUACCACCCCGGCGUCGCUGGUGGAGCCUGUGCCUGUGUGAGGAUCAGGGUGCCUUUUCCCGGCCCCAAGAACCCUGUUGCUGCUUUGUUGUAAUUUGGGGGCUCCCCAAGGUCUGUCUGUAUGUAAUGGUCCCCCGUUGGCUGGCUCCCAUGUGGGCACUCCUACUAAUUUUCAUGCAACACUCUGGAUUGAUUUAUUUAUUUUUGUAACUGUCUGUGCUGAAGUGGGGGUGGGGGGCACUUCCCCUUUCAGUUGCCCAGUCCCCCUACGCCCACACCUUCUCUUCCACAUCCAUGGCGCAUGCCAGGAGUGGGAAGGAAUGUGGCUUCCCUGGAGCUUUGCAGACUCCCUUUCCACCUUGUAUGAUGUUCCUAAGCCUGAAGACAGCCACACGAGGCUGAAAUCAGCCACCUCUUUGGGUUUCUUCUGCCACCCUGAGACUCAUGGGUGACUGGAUCCUCUGGACUGUGAAGACUGUAAUUUAUUUCCCAUAAUUUAUUUGGAGACUAGGUGGCUGGCGAGCAGUGCUGGGGUCGGGGGUGGGGCACAGGCCCCUCCCCGCCUCACCCCCCAAGUCCCUCUGCCUGAUAGUCCUGCAGCCCUGCCCUUGCUGGGGCUCUGGUGUAGACCAGGUGUGGGCUUGAGCCCUCUGUCUAACGUGGCAGCGGCCCUGCUCUGGAUGGCUGAGCAAGUAGGGGCAGGGGCCGGGGCUGGGCUGGGCUGACCAACCGUGACCAAAACCCUCUUCUGCUCCACACAUCCCCCUCUCCUUCCUGUCCUCUGCCCCAUCUCUUCCCCCUCUUCCCCGCCAAAGGCCGCAGCUUUUAUUCCAAGGCCGUAAAUGUAGGAGGGGGAAGCAGGAGGCCCAGAGAGGGUAAGGGGCUGCCUCAGGGCCCACAGUAGGCCCUGGACCACUCAGGGCUUUCUGGGCACUGCACUCCAGCCUAGUCCACCUGCCUGCACCCUGCCAGCUGGCCAAGGGUGAGGGGGGCUCGUUAUGGCUUUCAGGCCCUUUGUUUGCUGAUGUUGGAUUUUGCAUCAUAAUUUCUGUAUUGUCCCCGAGUAUUAGAACUAUAAUUUAUUCAUUUUUCUCUGUGUCUGUGCCAAGAAGCCCAGGCUCUGGGCCUGCCCUCCUGCCUAGGAGGCCCUGCCAGCCUGCGAGCUUGUGGGAACACCUUGUACCUAAGCUUAUAGGUACCAAUAAAGAAGUUCUAUUUUUAA